GUCUGCUCUUCGCGUCUCCACGGCCACCCGAGCCAAAUCUUCUUUACCGAUGGCGCCACUCCUCUUCGUCCCGAACAAAACGUUCGCACCACCGGCACCGGCACCGGCACCGGCACCGACCCCCCGCGCUCGCCGCCGCCUCGCGCCCAGACCCCCCUCCGCCGCGGCCUUCUUCCGCGGACUUUUUCCCACCAAGCCGCCGGCGGCGAAGGCCGACCUCCUCCGCCUCAUCGCCGACCAGGGUCGUGGCCUCGAGACGCAGUCCGACCCCUCCCGCCUCGCCGACAUCGUCUCCUGCAUCGACGCGCUCGCCGCCGUAUCCCCCGGCGCGGACACCGUAUCCGACGCUGCCAAGCUCUCCGGAACCUGGCGCCUCCUCUGGACUACGGAGCAGGAGCAGCUCUUCAUUGUGCGUAACGCCCCAUUCUUCCGCACUGCCGCUGGCGACGUGCUCCAGGUCAUAGAUGUCCCCGGCGGCGCCCUUAACAACGUCAUCACGUUUCCUCCCUCAGGCGCGUUCGUUGUCAAUGGCGAAAUCGAGGUCCAGCCGCCCCAGCGAGUCAAUUUCAGGUUCACCCGCGCUGCUCUGAGAGGAAACAAGUGGGAGGUUCCUUUUCCGCCGUUUGGAAAAGGAUGGUUUGACACUGUCUAUCUGGAUGAUGACAUACGGGUUGCCAAGGACAUAAGAGGGGACUAUUUAGUGGUUGAGCGUGCUCUAUAUUCUUGGAAUGGAUAGUUUCUGAAGUCCGAAGCUAAUCAAAAGAACUUUAGGAGAACCUUAUGCUUUCCCAGCCAAGUAUUCAUGUCUUACUAUGCCGUUUCUUUUCCUGUAUAUUGUUAUGUUCCACAAAUACUAUGUGGUAAGUCUUAUUCAUGUUGUACACGUGUACUCUAACAUAUACUCUGGAGAAAUUGAUAGUAGGAAAGUUGGUAUUGUCCAUAUAUAUUUUUCUAUGUUCAAGAACA